AUGGCGCUCAACGCCGCCGUCUUCGGUUUCGCUGGACAUUCAAUAGUCACUCCUCAUCAAGCAAUCCAGAACAUAUGGUGGACAGACGAGCGGAUCGAGGCCAAAGUCACGCGCGAAUUCGUCGUGUCCAAAUUGCGACCAAGUGAGAGGGACCAACUUUUCCGGCCGAUGUUCAUGGGCAGUGGUCUGACAGAAGAUACAUAUCUGGACUGGGUUUUAACUAGAGCGAAACGCUUAUUCCUUAUUUUAGUUGAAUGUGGCUGUUCGGAUCAGAUCUUCGGCAUCGCGGAAGAUUCAUGGGACGAUGAUGACCUGCCGAUCGCCCUGAGCGAGAUUCCGCGACUUGCACUCUCCAGCAAGGAUGACACGUUAAACAUGCGUUUCUAUCAUACGCAGUUUAGAUUCCUGCUUCGGCCCCUGGAUUUCCAUGGCCAUAUCGACUAUGCGCCCAACGAAGUUGUGCCCAUCGAAUAUGUGCACAAGAUUGCGCCUGCUGCUGCAUUGCAAAAAUGGUCGCGGUUCCACUUGCCGAAGAUGCCAACUUUGAUCUAUGCAAAAAGGAAAGUGAUUCUGGGCGAGAAAGAUGAGAUUGAUGAAGAGUUGAAAGAGAGAUUCCUUGAAGAUGUGCAAAUAAUGCGCACUGUCGAACAUGAACAUAUCGCGCCUGUCCUUGCGACUUGGUGCCACAAAAAUGCAGCGUACAUCAUGACAUCUUUUGUCGGCGAGCACACAUUACGAUCCUUCAUCGAUUUUAGGACACCUGCCUCAAUGCAGAAAGUCUCGAAACAGGAGCGACAGACCAUUCUGCUCGAAUGGAUUCACUGUCUCUCUCAUGCUCUAGCAUACUUGCAUCGGAAACGAAUCGUUCAUACCGCCAUUUGCCCAUCAAAUCUCAUCGUCGACGAGAAUAACAAUAUAGCUUUCGCGGACUUGGGAUUCCUCGACACAUUCCAAAAGGACAAGAGGUUUGAAGCGGAUGAAUUGUUCAACUACGGCUCUCCUGAACAGUUUACCUCAACGACGAGAUUCGACCGAGGAACAAUACGAGCACCGAUCCCAACCAAGCGAUUCUUUCACAAGCGGCGGAAGUCGGAUCAGAGUAAUUCAGGCAGUGAUUCGUCAUCGGAGGCAACUUCAGCUCUCUCAAUGGAUUCGAAAGGAAAUUACAUCGUCAAGAGUCGCUCAAAUUCCCAGGCCACAAUUACACCGAUAACAACUCGGGAUUCCGGUCCGCCACGAUUGAAUAGUCAAGACUUUUCGGUUUCACCAACACUGGAUCUUCCAUUUGAUCAGAUGUCUUUGACCUCGAGCAAGAGCACAGCACCAUCAUCAAUGUCUGGGGAUCCGAAGUCAUCAAAUAACGAACUUGACCAGAAGGCAAGCGAUGUAUACUCUCUCGCUUGUGUUUUUCUUGAUAUAAUAUCCUUCAUGCUCAAGCGCAAGCCCAACGAAUUCUUUAAGUAUCGUGCAACGAAGGUGAAAAAUCCUGGAGGCAAAGGCACUCACAUGGACGCUUCAUUUCAUAACAACCCGCAGAAGGUUCAGGCAUGGAUGGAGAUCCUUGAAAACGACCUUCCUAUCAAGCAAGAUAGGACGCUAUUCGCGCUCCCGCCAUUGUUCCGACUUAUCAAGGAAAUGCUAAACUCAGAAGCUCAACGCCGGCCUCCUGCUGCUGAGGUUCAAAGCCGUGUCUUUGACGCUCUCUACAACUACGGCGGCCUGCAAAAUCUACACUGCAAUAACUACGACCAACGACCUGCUUCGACUCUAUCCUUGACACGUACUUCAACCAGCGGCGGGUCAUCGCGGAGCUCAGAGCCGCGACUCGCAUCCUACCCUGAGAUUGCUUCUUUGUUACCCCCCGCUUUGCCUCCGAAGUCACCACGACGCCCGCAGACGUCGAGUUCGACCUCGUCCUCGAGAUACGUGGAGACAAAAGCUGGGACCAAUACGCCUAAUGUGCCACCUAUACCACCAUUGCCAACGCGAAAUGCUUCCCUGACGGAGAUGAGGCGUUUGGCGUAUCUCAGAGAAAAAGGCGUUUCCAUGUGACCUAUUCUUGAGAAAGGAAUUGGGAAUGGGGGCUUCAAAGCCAUCAAUUUUGGCGAGAAGAAUUUCAUUUUUGCGAUAAAGAAGACUACGUUUUUCUUUCUUGGGAUAUGACUCGAAUGUAGUAGGGGUGUGUUAUUUGGUUCUACUAUCGAGAUACCACUUUUCGUUUGGAGAAUAUUUUGUACGAAAAUAACAAAUGUGCAC